CUGCUGUCUGUGCCUCCGAGCACCCUCCAGCUGAUGUGUGACCUCACCGAGCUCUCGUGUGACCUGGUUUGGCACAGGAGGGGAUGUCCCAUGGAUGGGCAAGUCCCCCAAGGCUGGUGCUGACAGCUAAAGGCAAAAUCCCACUCAUUUGGGAUUUUCUUUGGCCAAAACCACUGUGGGUAAAUCCUUUGAAGAUGUGAGCCCGGAGAAAGGGAGGAAGUAGUGCCUGCCAGCACAGCCCUCACCACAGUUAUCACCUCACUGAGCAGCCUGGAAGAUGCUUCAGUGCUGAAGAUGCUCACAGGAGAGCUGAUACCACACGCUGGCUAACGCUGCUCCUCAGAGGGUUUUGGGAAGCAGAGAGGUUUUGGCCAUGCCCAGGUACAGAUCUGGAGUGCUGUGAGUGUGGUCUUGGUCCCUGCCCAGCCACUGAUAUUCCCUGGUGUCCUGCUGCUGUCCCCAGCCAAGUGCUGCACCAUGAGGCCACCAUUGGCAUAAAGCAGAGCCCUGGCAGAGGGGAGAUUUGGGGCAAGAAAUGUGUUCUGACAAGAAAGUGCCCGUCCUUCUGGGUGCUGCUGUGGAGCCAUGCCCUGGGACAUGGGACAGCCUGGAAUCUGGGGGGCAGCUGGCUCCUGCUGCACAGGGCAUCACCCCACAGUCUGUGUACAGCCACCCUGCCUGCCCUGAGCACAGAACCACCUGUGUGUUUCUAACAGCUCUCUCUUCCAAGCACCAAACUCCGUGUGGACCACCUGUACAUCCGUGUAUGUCCCUGUGUGUCCCUCCCCAGCCCGGGUGUUAUUUGCUUUUUGCACUUCCUAGAUCCCUCAGUCACUGCCCCAUAAGGCUGCUUCCUGUAUUUCCUCCAUCCCGGGGUAUUUGCCCUUUAGAGGAACCUUUCUUCAGAGGUAUUCCCAGCAGGGAUGGGAGAGGAGCAGCACUUUGCAAAGCUGUGCUCAGAGCUGCAGCGAUGUCCCGACAAAGCUCUCCCAUUAUUCCUGUGCCUGCUGUCCACGGGGAGCUCAGCCUCUUUUCUUCCUUCUCCGCUGCAGAAAUCAGCUCUGGCUGCUGCCAGGGUUAUCUCCAUCCUCCAGCUUGCAGCACGCUCUGCUGCUCCCCCGUCCCUCCGAGGGCUGGGGCUCGACCCCGGCCGGGCAGCACAGGCUCCUGCAGCGGAGCACCAGGGCUUUAUUCUCCCAUCGCCAAUAAUAAGCUCGGAGAUAAAAUCAGGAAAAAAAUAAACUGGGGACUUGUGGAAGUUCCCCGCCUGCCGCCUGGUCACUCGUGCGUGCUGUGCUCUCUGCCCCACGCCGAUGCCAAGCCUGAGCCGGGGGCUGCAGGGAGGGCUGGAGCCAGAUGCCUGUUUCUAAUAAAGCUCGGCCCCCGCCGUGAGCCGCGCUCGGCCUCGCCCGCUCCAGAUGAUAACGGCGGGGAAGCCGCCGCCGCACGGACCGCGUGGUACCCGUGAAAAGCGGCUGAAGGUGAAAGCAUCUUGCAUCCGUGCUGCCCGUGAUUCGCGGCAUGAGGAAGCUCUGAGGAGCACCUCGCCCCGGCCCUGUCCCCCGCGGGGGGCUCGGGGCGCUGCGGGGUCCGAGGCGCGGAGCGCAGCAGGAAGGAAGCGCUCGGCGAGGACACAGGCAGCACUGCGUGCACGUCCUUACAUGUGCGCUAUUUUCAGCUUGACGGGGAGCAGGCCAAGUUCUCCAACAGAUUGAGUUGGGAGCUGAAAUCCUCCUCUCCUCCUCCCCGCUGCCCAGCACCCACUGCCUGCAGGCGCGGCGAGUCCGAGUGAGCCGCGGGCACCUCGCUCUGCUCCGCGCCGCCCGUGUUCCCGUCCGGAGUGAGCGCACCCCGCUCCCUCUGUCAGCGCUGCCGCUGCCCCACCUCGGAGCAAGGCCGCAGGAUCUGACCCUGCUCAGGGACCAGCGGCUGCAGCUUCUCCCUUCCCCACUUUGGGCUGCUCCAGACACCGCCGCCAGCAUCCUCCCAAACCCAGCCCCAUCAUGGAUCUUCAGCCUCACCUGCCUUUGGCUUCACUCACGCACAUUCCCAUCUACUCUGUCCUGGCUUUUUUCCCGAAUGGAAGAUAUCCCUCCUCCCCUCCUUCCUCCCCUUCCCAAAUUCCCCCUUCCUCACCCCCAUCACUGUGACCCCUCCAGAAGUGCAGCCAGGUCCUCGCCCUGUUUGAAAUGCAGGAAAGAAGCCCAUGUGCAACUUACUGUCUCGGCACCCUGUAAUCAUUUUGUCAGCCAAAAAGCACUUUUGUCAAACCCCCACAGGCACACUGGGAGGGGAUGGACUGGGGAGAAGCAUUUGACACCACUCCCUGCUUUUUUCCCCCCUUUUCCCAUCCGGGGUUUUGCUUUACGCGCAGGGACGUAAACUCGCUUUAGGACAAGCAUUGGGUUUUUCUCUCCUCUCUCUCUCCAUGUGUUUCAACAACUGUCCAGAGAGAGUGAAAGGAAUAAGGGAAAUGUUGCAGGAGAGCAGCAAGGCUGGAGAAAAUGUAUUGCCAGAGGCUGGGUCUGCUCAACAAAGUGCAAUUACGCAAUGGGAGGAGAAAGCUGUUAGGGCCGGAGAGGGGUUUCCAUCCAGGACUAAUGGAGCCCCAGGCUUGGUCACCUGGGAUGGCCCCAAAAUGUUCAGGUGCUGGGGGGCAUUAAAUGGCUCCUUCUGUCCAGCACAUGAGCUGCUCUGAGGGGUUUUACCGUGGGAGGUCAAUGGCAUUGGUUUGCUCCAUCCUCAAAGCAGCAAACUCAGUGACAGCGGCCGCCUGGCCCAAUCCUGGGGGCCCAAACCUUUCUCCAGGGCCAAGCCCCUAAAGGAGACAGGGUUGUCCUCAGUGUCAUCUCUCCCCCUGCAGCUUCAGGAGUGGUGUCCCUUCAUCUUCUCUGGUGAGUGUCUGGGGUCACAGCAGCAGCUGACAACAGCCCUUUGCUCCAGGAAAAGGGUGGAGGCACUUGGAGUCAGCAUUUCAUACGGCCUUGAGGACAGAUGGGCUUCCCAGGGACAGGCAGACAGUGUGGGGGGGACAGGCUCUACUCCAAGUGUGGGGACCUCUGAUUUGGGUUCUGCAGCCUGGGAAUGUGGCUCUCCUUUUCUUCCCUGCUUUUCUUUCGGCUGGCACUUGCCCGAGCACAGGGGUGAGCUGCCUUUGCCAGCCUGUGUCACAUGAGCACCACGGGGAGUUUGCACAGAGCUGAUCCCCUCUCCCUAACCUUUCCACUAAUGAGGAAGCAAAUUCCUGGGAUGGCUGCAGCGCUGGAAGGUCAGAGCCAUCACAGCCUGGCAGCCCCAUGGCUCUGCCCAUGGUCCCAUCCUCCUUUCCCACAUCCUUAGUGGUUUGGGCUGUAAAGAGGAGCUGGGAAGGGGAUGCUCCAAGGAAAUCUCAUGUCCAGGAUGGCAUCACUGACUGGAAAAAUGAGGCACCACAAAGCAAAGUAGAGCCCUGCCUAACGAACAGGCGGUCAUUAACUCUGCGUUGAAGUGUUUGCAGGUCUCCAACACAGAAAAAAAAAUCCCCAGUACCCACUUGCAAAUGCUGCUCAUCUAAUUAGGGUACCAGGAAAGGCUCAUCCAUCCUUAUGUGUCCAGCGUGUCCUCAAACACGCACGUGAAAUCGGGGCCAUCAAACACUCGGAGCCGGCGUCGCAGCGAGACGCUCCCGUCCGGAGACAGGUCUUUAAAUCAUCCCCGAGCUCUGGGAAAACUGCAGACAGCUCCAGAGCGGAAAAUGAAAAGGCAAAACGUUGCUCCUGGAACUCUUGCCCUGAAUUAUUUGCUCAGCUUUAAUGAUAAGUUACACACAAGCCAAACUGAAGCUGCUCAGAUGGUUUUGUGGGGAAAACCAGCCAGGUGGAUGCUGCGGAGCAGUGCCUGGGCCCUUGGUCCUCCAGCACCUUUGGGAACUGAUGUGCUCUGGGAAGACAGGCUGGGAAGAGAGGGGGAAAAAUCCCUCUUUGAUGGGAUUUUGUGCAGUAUGCAGGUGUGGGAGCUGGGAUUGAAGCUUUGCAUUGAUUGUCCUGGAGCUGGAGGGGACAGCGGUGGUGGGGAUGAUGUUGUUCUGUUUCCUCUUCGCUGGCCCUGUUGCUCCCAUGGGUAAAUAACUGGCAGGUACCAGCAGGGAAAACUCUGGGCUGUUUCCCUGCCUUAUUCUAGGUUAGUUUGACUAAAUCUGGCUCUUUUAGGAUGAAUCACUGUAGCACUGCUGGUUGUGACCUGCUGGCCACUGUGCUUGCUGAGCUUCUGCAAUUUCUCUUUUAUUGGUGAAAAUGAGAAGUUGCUUUCUCUGCCCUUUUCUCUGGGAUCACAGAUUGCAAAUAAUGAUUGCCUUAAACACAGGCUAUUUCCCAGCUUGCUGGGGAUGGGAUUGCUGGGUGUUCAGUGCUGGUGGCACCAGGAGCCAGGCCAGCUCUGUGUUAACGUGGUCCAACAGGCAUCUUAAUUUAACUCUCUGUAAUUUAACUCUCCUUUAUUUAACUCUCCCCUUUCUCCACUUCAUCUUUUCUAAUGGAGCAGAGUGGAUGAGGUCUUGCCACGAGCCAUGUGCUGCAUCCUGCACGCUGGGCUCUGGGUUGGUUUCCACGUGUUUCUCAUGGAAAGGCGAUGUCUGGGCUGGAUCCUGCUCCGUUGAGCUGCAACAGAUCCCAUUUUCUCUUGUGCCUGAUUCUAUGGGAUCACAUGGAGCACAGGGAGCUGUUCACACUGAGUGCCUGUAGCUGAACUCAUCUCCCUGGAUUUAUUGGUUCCUGCUUGCUGCUUUUCCUCCCGUUUCCUUUCCAUGGGAUUAUUUAUAGCCAGGCCAGCUCUGCUCCCACCCUCCUCUCCCUCUGAUGUCCCCAGGUGUUGCCUUGGGGAGGCAGGUAGCUUGUUCCCAGAGAAAGAUGCUGUCAAGGCUUAGCCCAAGGGCACAGGUCUAAAACUUCCUGCAGGAACAGUUUGCUGCAGGAAUUGUGCUGAACCAGCCAAACUGGGUGGUUUCGGGGGAUCAACCAGGACUGCGCUGAGAUGAUCUCACCCGCUUGCUUCCAGCCUGAUCCCAUUGCUUGUGUAACUCAUGUUUUGUAAGGAAAAUCUAACCUGAUGAUCCUUCCCCCCAUGGACUAAGCCAGGAUCUGAUUUUGGUGUUUCUGGCAGUAGCAAAAUAUAAAUUUUUCCCCUGGGCUUCUUCUCUUUGUGACUCCCGUAAGAGCCCUGAGGAUUCUGCUGAUGCCAGGUCUUGUCCCUGAGACAGCAGCAGGUCUGGCACGUGAUUAAAGGUGUGGAUGAGACACUUGGGGACAUGGAUUAGCGGUGGUCAUAGCAGUUCUGGGUUAACUGGGUGAUCUUAGAGACCUUUUCCACCCCAGAUGAUUCCGUGUGGUGCAGAAAGGCAGGGAGGUCUCCAGGAAUCCAGAGUGGCUCCACAUUCGCCUGUCACGACUCAGCAACCUUUCCUCCAAAUGGAAAAUGUGCUUUUGGGGUAAAAAACCCCUACAAAACACAUGGAAAAAAAGAAAGAAUCAGUAGCUGUGAUGCCAUCUGUGUCUGCAGUGUGGCACAGCAGGGACAAGCUGUGCCCAGACUGCUGAGCACCUAUGCCAGGGAGCUGAAAGAGGUGGCACGAGCCUUCCUCCUCAUUUUCCCCCCCUGGGAGAGGAAUGUCCUGUUUCUCUUGGGAACAACAUAUCUCCUUGGCAUCUCUCUCUUUAGAAGCUUUGAUUUCUUUUCCAACUGCAGCUCUCUAGCCUCAACAGCGUGUCUUGGAUAUUUUUUCUCCCACUGGUCCCCCUCCUGAUGAUCCCAGGGGGAAGGCUGGUUGGGAACCUCUCCAGCAGCCCAGGCAAGAGGCAGUGGAGGGCUGGGGGCAGCAAGCUGCCGGUUCAUUUGUUUUCCUCGAUGGGGUUUCAAAAAAAAGUGAUGGGCUGAUGAGUUUGGAGUCUCAGGGGGGCAAUUUCCCUGGCAGCAUCCAAGUUGUGUCACCUCUCUGCUUGGCUCUGUGACGACAGUGUUGAUUUGAAUUCUUCCAACUUAAGACUGAUUUAAAUGAUGGUGAAGUUGGGGGGUGGCGUGUGGGAGUAGAGCACUGAGCGCUAUUCUUUUUCGGUUGUCAUAUGCCUCCAUAAAGACUUCUUCUGCCUUGGGGAUUUGCAUAGAUCCGUGGUCCAGAUUGUGCUGCAAAACCCACCGGUGGUCCUCAAAGCUAUGGCAAUGCUUCUGUGCUGGCUCCCGAGGCAGAUGAAGCUGGGAAGUUUAGGUGUGUUUGCAAGUCUUAUGCCAUGAUUGUUCCUUUUUGGGUUUGGGGGAUGCAGAUGGGGCUUGGAGGGCAGCUGGGAGACCCCACUCCCCUCCUGACUGACAGCAUUCCCCCUUCUCUGCAGCCCCACGCCCUGGAAUGUCUGGGUGCAUCUAUUCUAUUCUAUUCUAUU